AACAAGGAGGGUGUUGCAUAGCGAGUAUGAUAUCACUGAGAAAAGGUGGAGCCUUAAAAAGCCGUCUAGGGAGGGGCGGCAGGACUGCAUCGCAGUCAAACCUCAGCCGCUGAAAGCAUGCACAACCUCUCCCCAAAGCAGAAAGUUUACUGAACCUCUGAAAAUGUGCACAGGAGAAAGCAGGUACAGUCAUUUCCUUAUUUCGUCAGUUUCUGAUAAUAUUCGAUCGGGGAACUUAAAUGUGCAGCUGAAUGAAUUGAUGCUGAUGGAAGUGAAUGUCAACAGAGUAAAAAGAAUCCUAAAGACUAUCUUGAGCACCUUGAAACCGAACUCUGCAUGACACAAAGGGCACCCGAAUAUUCAUCGGCAUCUGAGGCAAACCCCAAAAUGAUGAAAAUGCUGGCGAUCCUGGGCCAAUGGGACAUCUCUGGCUGUCACACGGAUAACAUGAGCAGUUAUUGUUUACUUUUUCUCUUCAAAUUGGGAUUGGACUUGGUUGUCUUCUUUUUAUGCAGCCCCAAGAAGUAUACCUACUUCCUAAGCAUAUGCAGCCUGUCCAUUGCACUGGGUGACUUGGUUAUUACAUUUUUAAUGACGACCAUAUGGUUUCUUGGAACUGAGAGGUCUUUCGUGUCCCCCUGCUUCAUCUUGGCCAAAGCAUCUGUGAUAUAUAGUGCACUGCCGCUGCCUAUGAUGUGCCUGGGUUUACUCUUCUACUGCUUGGAGAAUACUCGUCCGAGCAGCUCCGCCGCAUUCCUCAAAUCCUUCAGAAAUGUGUGCUUAACUUUACUGGUGUGGAGCGUAGCUAUUGUUUUCUCAAUUAUCUUUGUCAAUGCUGAACCAAGAGAAAUGGAAUAUGAAACUGGGAGACGCGCAUUGGUGUGUCAAGUAGAAGAGUCAACGCUGGUGGCCAGCUUUACAUCAUUACUUUUCAUUGGAACAUCAUUUACCCUGCUGCCGUUUUGCUCAGAAAUUUUCCACUGGAUGAAAGAGGCUGACCAACUACUAGAGGCAAGGCAGCAAACAACAACAAACAAACAGCAACGUACAAACAAGAGCGACCUGUUUUCCACUUCUGCAGGAACACAAGCAACUGAUGGGAGGAACAAUGGAGAGAAUUACCAGAAGGAAACGAUCUGGCCACGCCCACCUCUGUGGACCAGCCUAACACUAGGCUUCAGUACAUUUUGGAUGCCUUACCUGGUAGUGUCUCUAAUCUGUCAGCUCUGCGGUUUCCCAGUACCUGCCUACAUUUCUGUUAACCUCCUGUGGUUGGAAUGCACCAACAGUUUGAUGACAGGCGUAGUGUUCUGGGUAAGGAGCAAAACAACAGGGCCAUACGACAAUCUACCAGAAAAUGUCUGCCUUUGGCACAUUUACUGGCACCUGAGUAAAGGCACUCAACAGGUGAUAAUGCCUCUUCCUGUUUUCAACCCGUCAAAAGACAAAGAACAAACCUUAUUUCUUGUUUAAAGAAAUACAGAAUAACUGUUUGUCAUUACAACGGGUUCCCCUGAAAACACACAACGAUAUCUACACACUUACGUGGAUCAUUUACUUCUGCGGUGUAGGAAGUUAGCUUGAAGGGCCAAACUACCAAGCUUGCACAGCAAAAAUACUUAAACUCAUGUAAAGAAAGGGGAUCACAAUCAACUGUACCUGUUGAUUUAUGUAAAAAAGUACGGGAAAUGCUGCCAUUGUUACCUGUUUACAACUUUUCACUUUUUUUAUACUUUGGUUUUUAAACAAAUAAUUGCUUUUAUCCUGUAGACAAUAAAAUAUAUUCAAAAGUCA